GAUUGAUUCGGGCUUAUGUGCGUUAGGUCGGUCGCAAAGUAUGUAUUUUGCGUUUGUUGACAAACAAGUCAACUUGUUUGUUUGAAUCAAAGUUUGUGCCGUUCCUCUUGUUAUUUCGCAAAACCCGACACAAGUGUCCCUCCUUACGAUGCCCUUCCUUGCUUAGAGGUCCCCCUGAGUGGUUCCCUGCCCCCCAAUUAGGUUAUGUUUCACCUUUUGCUAGCCCCCGUUGUAAGUAAUGAGCGACACAGAUGACACGGAUGAACUCCUCUUAAUACCUCCCGAUUUUUUUACCUCAAACCCUGCCCUUAACCCUGAUAACCUCGGCCCUUAUUACAGAGUUGUGGACGGUUUGAUUACCCAAGUGAACCACUUGGAAAAUCGGCUCAGUUUUAUUGAAAGUUCGUCCGAGUUUAGUCUUAGUCUAAUAAGUGAUUCACCGGAAAUGUAUUCACCCUCGCGACUACGUAAAUUUGGGGCUGACGAUGGGAGUAAAGCAACGUCGAGUCAGAGCACCCCCCAGAAGCCACGGACAAAAUUUACGAUGAAUUCCCUGCCAAAUAGCCCCGAUAUUGAGCAUUUGAAAAAGCCAACCCUUAACAAAGGGAAAAAGUCGGAAUAUAACCCAAUGUUGGGCGAAAUCGAUAAUUUCUUAUCAAACGUCAAGUUUAUCAAGCGUUUAAAUACGGUGAGGAACCUCGAAAGUGACUUUAAUUCCAUGGACGGGGUUGCAAAAAACCUAGAUAUGGGGCAAGUCAACGAAAUGCUAAAAGAAAUCGAGUUAGAAGAAGCAAAAGAGAAACCUUGUGUUAAGGACAAGUUGUGGCAAACUGGAGACAACAUGGGGGCUGUCCCUGACUACGGGUUCGGAAUGAGGAACAAUAUGUACCCAGAGGCAAAAAAAACCGAGUCUGAUAGUUCAGACUCCACACAAGCAACAGUUUUUGAAAAAUUCAACGAUUGUAAUUUAGGGUUAGUCAGUUUAUCCAAAUUGUGGAAUUCGAACGACACAAGGGGUCUUCCGAGCAAAUUUCAGCAGAAAUUGCAAGAAGAGAGGCUGCGAAGACAGCGUUGCCGAUUGAAACGCAGACGCCGUUGCUGCUCGCACAUGAAACAUUGCGAACAAGCAAUUCAAGAAUUACAAAAUCGCGUAUUAGAAUUGCAAGAACGCGUAGCUGUCGCGAUCCAAGUCGACGAAGCUAAAGAUAAAGCGAUUUUACGUUUUCGCGAAUCUUGGGAAAAAGCCGGAAUUAGAUUACAAGACAUAGAAAAACAGAAAGAGAAAUUAGAGGAGGAGGUUGAUAAAUUGAGAAGGAAAUUAAAUGAGGACAGUGAUGAAACGACUCAGAAAAUUGCACAUUAUGAAAAAGAGGCCUCGCUCGCACUUAACAUAGCCCACAGUAGUCAAGAUAAAUUAGUAGUUUUAGAAAAACGGUGUCAACAAUUGGAAAAUGAGCUGCGAACGGCUGAAAUAAACUCGGAAGAGUUUCAACAGAAGUAUUUACAAGAAUUGGAAAAAAGCAAACAAUAUCCCGAGAUUUUAGCAGCGAAAGAACUUGAGCUUAAAAACUGUAAAUUGGUGUUAUCGGAUGCUAGGAAAGAAAUCACUCAGUGCCAAAAAGCGGUCGAAACGUGUCAGUCUGAACUUGUAUCAAUUAAAAACGAAAAUGAAUCUCUACUUGCAAAACUAGACACAGAAAAAGAAAAUAAUAAACGACUCACUGAGCAAAAAAACAAAUUAUUGGACGAAAUCGCCGCUCACAAAAGUAUCACGCGCGGCCUCCAGGACGAGUUGAGCAAAAGUCGGGAACAGCUCGAAACUAACAAACUCGAACUUAAAAGUUUCUACCAAGGUCAGGUGGAGCUCGUGGUCCAAAGCAAACUCAAAGAGUUCCAAAAACAGCUCGACGAGGCCGAAAAGGCCCUCAAAGAGGAGCUUUCGCGCAAGGAAUUGUCAAUCGCCAAAACAGCAGCCUCCCACAUCCAGCAAAUUUCGGAAAAGCACAGCUUGGAGGUUAAGCUCCUUGAGGAGAAACACCAAGAAGAAUCCCGGCUGUACCACCUCCAAAUCACGCAACUGCGGCACGAAUUGGACGAAGCCAACCACAAAAUUAAGCGACAACACGAGAAACAGGCCCAUAUUGAGCGACAACUCCAUAAGUUCAUGGAGAGUUUAAGGCAGGACCAUGUGACAACGCUGGAUGAGAUGAAUUCGUUCCGGUCCAAGUCUUUGGAGGAGAUUUUGUCGUUCAAUAUGGCGGAGGAGGAGGACAAGAUGGGGGAAACACCGGUUUCGAGUCGACCGGAAAAGGGCACGAGACGCAAAGACGGGUUACAGGAAACGAUUCAGAUGCUGUUGGACAGAAAAGGACAAGGCGAUGAGGGCUGCAGUGUCACGAAGGAGAAAAUGCGCGAUAUGAAGGGGAAACCACCCUGGAAGUGAUUCUAUUGAUUUUUUAUACUUUAUUUAUUUAUUUUUUAAUAAAUUAUUGUUUUUUUUUAUUUUUAAUAAAGUAAUAAAUGAGUUUAUCACCCGAA